GUUUACAUCGGUAAAAAUUUGUGGAUUUCGGUGCAACUGUAUCAAUUUGUUGUGAAAAUCGAGUAAUUAAUAUCGUUUGAGCUGUGUUUUAUGUACAAAAGACUGGUCCAAUCAUGUUGAGCAACUGGAGAAAUUGGUGCCGUUUGUGUGCCAACGAGUGUGCCGUUUACAAGCUGGAAUCGCUUGACGAGCUGAACGAAAUAACGAUGAGGCAUUUUAAGUUCUCGCUCCAGGAACUAAACGAUGUAUGCAAUUGUGUCUGCGAGGAGUGCUACAACUUCAUCAACAAGCUGGAUCGAUUUAAGGAGCGCUGCCUGCAGACCAGUAAAAUGCUGGUGGAACUUAGUUCUGCCUGCACCGAGGAUGACGAGCUGUUGGAAAGUGAUGUACAGGAUCUGCGGUUUCGCUUUUUGAGUGAUUCCAUUCUGACGGCAGCUGAUGUAGAGCAAGAGGAUAAGCCGCUUGUGCCUGGUAUGGCACUGGCAGCGCAGGAUGAUGUACCUGCUUCUUCCAGUUUUGAACAACCUGUGGACACAAAUGAUAUGGUCGCGCAGAACCUGGUUGAGCUGAGAAUUGAGAAAAUGUCGCCUGGUAAACGGAAAAAGCGAAUGAGAGAAGAAAUUACGCUGUCAGAUAAAGAGAUGGAAAACGAGAAAAAUGACAUGUUAGAACAUAUUGUUCAAGAAGACAGGCUUCUCACAGAUUUACCAGAUACAGGAUUCAGCGAACUGAGUAGCAAUGUUCGAUUAAUGCAUGAUUCUUCAGAUACUGACGACAACGGAGAAAAUCUCCAAGACGAUGACUAUAACAUGUUGGAUGAACUGGAUACAGAUAGUGAGACGGAUAUUGCUGAAGUUUAUGAUGCCAACACGGAUGCAAAACAAAAGAAAUCAUCCAGUGGUGGAAACUCAAAACCGCCGCUUAAAACAAGAUGUGAAAUCUGUGAUAAAUCGUUUCGCACUCGAUCGAUGUACGUACUGCAUUUACAAACCAAGCAUCCCGACUCCGAAGAGCUCUCGUUCGCUUGCAGUAGCUGCCCGAAACGGUUUCCAUCGGAAAGAAAAGCCAAAAUGCACGAGUUGGUGCACCUUCCGAAUGAACAGAAGCUGGUUCAUCCUUGCAAAUAUUGUGAUAAGAAAUUCAGCAAAUUGGUAAAUGUUCAGGCACAUAUCAAAGCGGUUCACAUAGGAGAGCGGCCGUACAUUUGUGAGGAAUGUGGAAAGGCUUUUAGCACUAAAGGAGCAUUGAAGGAGCAUCAAAUCACCCACAGCGAUGAAAAACCCUACCAGUGUGCUCAUUGUCCUAAGAAGUUUAAAAACUUACCUCGGCUUAAGACACACGAAGACACCCACAACGACACACUCUACGUUUGUCCGCAUUGUGGGCUACAGUUGAACACAAAACGAACGUUGAAAAUGCACAUGGUUGUGCAUUCGGACCAGAAAAAGUUCAAAUGUCAGUACUGCGGUAACGAGUACAAACGAUCAAAGGCGCUGAAAAACCAUUUGAUACUGCAUACCGGCCUGAGGCCAUAUCAGUGUCCGUUUUGCGAGAAAACUUUUGCCAAUGGGUCUAACUGCAGGAGUCAUAAGAAGAAGGCACACCCGCAGGAAUUGGCCGCACUGGAGGCUUCCGGAGAGCAUUCUAGGGCAACGAAUAUUCCUAAGCUGGACCAGUUGCAGCCCAAACCACAUCAAAUGGCAUCGCUUCCGGGUACACAAACAGCUCCACCCACCGCAGCAACGGCACUGAUCCAACCACCGAGCAGCGAGGAUACAAGUACCACUCUCCCAGCAUCCACCGCAAGUCAACAACAGCAGCAUCAGCAGCAGGCAACAGCGGCGACGAUAAUUGCCACCGCUUCGCCCUCUGCCACCUCUUCCACCACCACCCUAGUAGAAGUACCGAGCAGUUCGGAAGAGCUGGUGCUACAUCGUGGCGUUCGCUUGGUUACUGCCUACUUUCAUUCGCAAAACGAACCACCCCCGUUGAACAUCCUUUCGACGGCAAACAUCAAACAGGACGACGUCCCUACUGGUAUCGUGGCGGCUGCUGCUGCUGCAAUUGGCGGCCGGCUACAACAGUCUGUUAUGGAUCAGGGUCGUGGUGUUGGUUUCCAACCGACGUUGGUGAUCCGGCAGCAGGAACCCAGAGCUGCUGCAGUGAGCCCGCCUACGGAACAAGUCCAGCUGACGACCGUGUCCGAGGUGGUUAGCCUUCCGCCGUUGCAGCUCAUUUCGACGAAUAAUUUGUGAGAUGCAACUGCUCUUCGUUGUGGUUAACUGGAGAGGUAGAGUACUGUUUUCGUUUGAUUUUUUAUUUGUGUUUUAUUGUUUCGAUUUUACGAAACGAACUUUGUGAAUAGUUGUAUUAAUUGUAAAAUUAUUCCUGCUUACUUGAUUAAAGUUAAUUGCAUUAGUGCAAUCUAAUAUAAAAAAAACAUUACUAA